UCAUCAUUUUCACUUGCCAGCCGCCUCUCCAUCUUCUUUUUCAAGUCUCUCUGGCUACUCACUCCUUCCUCAAUUGACCAUCAAAUCCAAGACUAAUUGUCCAAGAGAGGCCUUGGGUCUCUCUCUUUGCUUCUCCUUCAAAAAUGCGGCUGAGUUAUUGGAGCCUGUUAUGUGUAACUGUCUCUGUUUUCGCCAUUGCUGGAGCUGAAGAUCCGUACAGGUUCUUCAACUGGAAUGUCACUUAUGGAGACAUAUGGCCGCUUGGGGUUCGACAGAGGGGUAUACUCAUCAAUGGACAAUUUCCAGGACCCGACAUUCAUUCUGUGACAAAUGACAAUCUCAUCAUCAAUGUGUUCAACAGCUUGGACGAGCCUUUCCUGCUUUCCUGGAAUGGGAUUCAGCAGAGGAGAAAUUCAUUUGAGGAUGGUGUAUAUGGAACAACAUGUCCAAUCCCUCCAGGGAGGAACUUCACUUAUAUUCUACAAGUGAAGGACCAAAUCGGGAGCUUCUACUACUUCCCUUCACUUAAAUUCCACAAGGCCGCUGGUGGUUUUGGAGGUAUUCGGAUCCUCAGCCGCCCUCGGAUCCCCGUUCCAUUCCCUGACCCUGCCGGCGACUACACUAUUCUUAUCGGAGAUUGGUACAAGUCUAAUCACACGGAAUUGAGGGCUCGUUUGGAUGGUGGACAUAAGCUACCUCCACCUGAUGGACUCCUCAUCAACGGUCGUGGCCGUGGCUAUGCUCUUACCGUUGAACAAGGGAAGACAUACAGGCUUAGAAUAUCGAACGUUGGAUUGCAAAACUCUCUCAACUUCAGAAUCCAAGGGCACAAGAUGAAGUUGGUCGAAGUGGAGGGGACCCACACCCUGCAGACCACCUACUCCUCACUUGAUGUUCAUGUGGGCCAGUCUUAUUCUGUUCUGAUCACUGCUGAUCAGCCCGGACAGGAUUACUACAUUGUGGUUUCAACAAGGUUCACCAAUCCAGUUAACACUACUACUGGUAUUCUUCACUAUAGCAACUCUGCUGGCCCAGUCUCUGGCCCAAUCCCAGGUGGACCCACCAUCCAAAUUGACUGGUCUCUCAAUCAAGCCCGCUCCAUCAGGACUAAUCUGACGGCAAGUGGACCAAGGCCAAAUCCACAGGGCUCAUAUCACUACGGUAUGAUCAACACAACCAGAACCAUCAGGCUUGCAAAUUCAGCUGGUCAAGUGAAUGGCAAGCAGAGAUAUGCAGUGAACAGUGUGUCUUUUGUCCCAGCCGACACUCCCCUUAAGCUUGCUGACUACUUCAAGAUUGAUGGAGUUUUUCGCGUUGGAAGUAUUUCCUAUGCCCCUACUGGAGGUGGUAUAUACCUUGACACCUCAGUCAUGGGUGCUGAUUAUCGAACUUUCGUAGAAAUUGUGUUUGAAAAUGAAGAGGAUAUCGUCCAGUCUUGGCACGUAUCAGGCUACUAUUUCUGGGUUGUUGGUAUGGAUGGAGGACAGUGGACAAAAGCAAGUAGGGGUCAGUAUAAUCUACGCGAUGCAAUCUCACGAUGCACUGUUCAGGUAUAUCCCAAGUCAUGGACAGCUAUAUAUAUUGCACUUGACAAUGUAGGGAUGUGGAACAUAAGGUCUGAGUUCUGGGCAAGACAGUACCUUGGACAGCAAUUUUACUUAAGGGUUUAUACAUCUUCAACUUCUCUUAGGGAUGAGUUCCCUAUUCCAAAGAAUGCACUCACCUGUGGUAGGGCUAGCGGCCGGCGAACCCGUCCUCUGUAAGCUGAUGAAAAGCUUGGUGGAUGAAGAGCAAAAAUGGUUUUUGGUUGUGGUAUUGUUUCUUCCUUCUUGGGUUCUCGGUCAGGGUAAUAUGGUAUGAGAUGAGGAGCAAUGUACUAUUAGGAGCGUCAUGAUCUCAGCUCGAGGUCACAUUCUUUUUCUACUGAAGAUUGUAUUGUAUUCUCUGUGCUUUUAUUAGUUAAUGAUAAUUUAUAUAUGUUUGAGUUCUAUGCAAUCAAAUGUUUGUAUUGCAAUGCAUUAAUUCUUAAGCAUUUGCUGAUUCUAUGCUAUGAGAUUUAGAUUAUUCUUUCAA